AUGUCUUGCUACGACCUGUGCUCCACCUCCGCCUGCGGCGUCUACCGUCCCCAGCCCCUCGCUGACAGCUGCAACGAGCCAUGUGUCCGUCAGUGCCCUGACUCCACGACUGUGAUCCAGCCGCCUCCAGUCGUCGUCACCUUCCCCGGCCCCAUCCUCAGCUCUUUCCCCCAGGAUUCGGUUGUGGGAUCCUCUGGAGCACCCGUCCUUGGGGGCUAUGGGGGUUACGGCUCCCUGGGCUAUGGGGGUCUGUAUGGCUACAGGGGCUAUGGCUAUGGUGGCUAUGGCUCCUCCCUGGGCUAUGGGGGUCUGUAUGGCUAUGGGGGCUCCCUGGGCUACGGGGGUCUGUAUGGCUACGGUAGACCCUAUGCUUCUGGCUAUUACAACCCUUACUCCUACUGGAACAACAGGUACGGCCGUGGCAGCUGCUGGCCCUGCUAA